GAGGUGUGACUUUCUAGAUCCCAGCUUAGAGCCCUCUUGUCUCUCCCCAAUCUUCCCUGUUUUUACAUUGAUUUUAAUUUGUAUUUAUAGCGUUGGUAUUUUAGUUUUAAACUAAGGGAUGAGAGAUAUGUAAUUUUAGUUAUGUAUGUGUUGUGUUUUUAUUUAUGUAUCCUGUUGUAACCCACCUUGAUCCUUCUAGAAAGAUGGAAUUUAAAUAAAAUAUCUCAAACCCCUCAAAGCCCGGCUUUUCAGCCUGUGCUGGGGAAAAGGGGUUUUUAGUUCCCUAAAACCAACCAAAACUUCCCACCUCGCUUUGUGUCACUUACUGCUAAGAAGUUACCUCUGGCAAAGUUUCAUUCCUUGUCUUUGUUUGUGUAGUUAAUCUGGGGCUCAGGAGAAAGGUGGGAGUAUCAUUUUAGAAUGGGUUGCAUUUUUUCUCUGCCUAAAGUUCUCACUUUGGAGUGAUUUGGAAAAGCAUUGGCAAAUCCAAAUCACUUUGGAAGUGAUAAAGGAGAAAUUAGGGGAGGAGGAGAAGAAGAAAAAAACCUUAGUGCGAUCUUGCUUUUGUCUUUUUCUAGGUUCAAGUCUCCGGUCUUUGGAGAGGCAUGCUUAUGUAGACGCUUCUGAAUAGUGUUUGCCACCCGCCAAAACCAAGCCAUGGUGAUCAUGUCAGAUUAUACAACUGUCCCCACCUCAAGCCAAAGCCAGCAAAGGCCUCUUCGGGUUGGAUUCUAUGAUAUUGAGAGGACCUUGGGAAAAGGCAAUUUCGCCGUGGUGAAACUGGCCAGGCACAGAGUCACCAAAACGCAGGUGGCAAUAAAAAUAAUAGACAAAACACGGUUAGAUCCAAGCAAUCUGGAGAAAAUCUAUAGAGAGGUUCAGAUAAUGAAGCUUUUGAAUCACCCUCAUAUUAUCAAGCUUUAUCAGGUAAUGGAGACAAAAGAUAUGCUUUACAUUGUUACUGAAUUUGCAAAAAAUGGAGAAAUGUUUGAUCAUUUGACAUCCCAUGGGCACCUGAGUGAGAGCGAAGCUCGGAAGAAGUUCUGGCAGAUUCUUUCAGCUGUUGAGUAUUGCCACAGCCAUCACAUAGUGCACAGAGACCUCAAAACUGAGAACCUUCUGUUGGAUGCCAACAUGAACAUAAAGCUUGCAGACUUCGGGUUUGGAAACUUCUAUAAAUCUGGUGAGCCUCUCUCUACCUGGUGUGGAAGCCCACCAUAUGCAGCUCCAGAAGUUUUUGAAGGAAAAGAAUAUGAAGGCCCUCAUCUUGAUAUAUGGAGUCUUGGUGUGGUGCUGUAUGUUCUUGUCUGUGGCUCUCUGCCAUUUGAUGGACCUAAUUUGCCAUCUCUAAGACAAAGAGUGCUUGAAGGACGAUUUCGCAUCCCCUACUUCAUGUCCCAAGAUUGUGAAACCCUUAUUCGACGGAUGCUGGUUGUGGAUCCCACAAAACGAAUCACCAUUGCCCAAAUAAAGCAGCACAAGUGGAUGCAAGCAGACCCUUCUCUUCAGCAGCACCAGUCUUUGUCAUUCUCCAUGCAGAACUACAACUCUAACCUGGGAGACUACAAUGAGCAGGUCCUUGGGAUCAUGCAUACUCUUGGCAUCGACCGGCAGAGAACAGUUGAGUCUCUACAAAAUAGCAGCUACAACCAUUUUGCUGCCAUUUAUUAUCUUCUCUUGGAGCGGCUCAAGGAGUAUCGAAGCAAUCAGUUGGCAAACCGGCCAACAAGCAGUCGUCAGCAAAGGCCAAGGAGCUCAGAUUUCAGCAACACUGAGUUACCUCAGGACGGUCUUGUCAGUGAGACACUGAGAUCAUCUCUGCUGUACCAGCAGCCUCAGAAUCUGAUUCAGUCACCUUUGCAGGUCGAAAUGGAUUGUGACAUAAAUAACCCUUUACAGCCUAUGUUCUUUCCUGUGGAUCCGAACUUCAACAGUCUUUUUAGGAAUCGCUCAAUCUCUCCAAACAGUCUCCUGGAAACCACCAUCAGUGAAGAAGUUCGGCAGGACAAGGAACUGGAAGAGGAGAUUAAAGCCUUCAACCCAGUUCAUCUUCCCAUCAAUACAAGUCGAAGACACACACUGGCUGAAGUCACCACUCAUUUUUAUCAAUGUUCCCCACCAUGUAUAGUCAUUUCCUCUUCCACAAAUGCUACAGAAGGAACCAAUUCUGACAGCUGCCUCACUUCCUCAACCAAUGAUGGCUCUGUGACUCUGAGCAACUGUUUGGAAGAGCAGAUGAUGCUUGGUCACCUAACCACAACCAGAGUUACAUCAUCGUUCCUGACUUCCCAUUCAGACACACCAGUAUUGCAAGCUCAGGGCUGUUUGGGUGGUGCUUCACUCUUGCCUGUCAGCUUCCAGGAAGGAAGGAGAGCAUCUGAUACCUCACUAACACAAGGUUUAAAAGCAUUUAGACAGCAGCUGCGGAAGAAUGCUAGAGCCAAAGGUUUUCUUGGACUGAAUAAAAUCAAAGGGCUUGCUCGCCAGGUGUGUCAGUCCUCAUCUGCUCGAAUAGCAAGGAAUACCAUGGGCCCUUUCCAACACCCUCAGCAGAAUGCCUGCCUGUAUGGCAGUGGUGGGAACAGUGGCAGUGGCGGAAACAGCAGUGGUGGAAGUAGCAGAGAUAGUAGGAACCUGCUUGAAGAGGUGCUCCAGCAACAGAGAAUGCUCCAGUUACAGCAUAACCAGCCAGCCUGUCACCAGCCUUCUCAGGUGUCUCAGUCGCACACCAUCCCUUUGUCUGACACUGCAGGCAGCAAAGCAUCCAAUUCUCUCCGCCUGUCUGAACCGCAAAGUGAGAACUCUUUUGAAUUGGCCUUUCAUAACACUCAGUUUCUUCAGCCUCACCUUUUUGGGGUCAGUGUCUCUCCAGUAAAUUCAGCUGCUCACCUUCUAGACACCCGCCUGCACAUCAGCAGCAAUAUGUCUCCAGUUGCCUCCAUGUGUUCUCAGCAGAAUAGCUUUGCCAUGCCGUCACACAGCUAUAAUGCAGUUACUUUGCAGCAUGGGGACUGUGAAAUGGAGGACCUUACUGCUACCCAGAUGGGGAAAUAUGUCCUAGUGAAAUGAGAAUUACUUUCCCUGUUCUCUUGCUCCACACAUCUCUUUCAAGAGAGAGUGCUGCUGCUCUCAAUAAGAUCUGCAGAUGGGUGGUUUUAUUUUACUUUAUUUUGCAACAGCAAAUAACUUUCAAAAGCAAUAACAUGUUUGAAAUAUGUGAAGAGGCCAUUUGGCUUAGUAAAGCUCAUAACUUUAUAGAACUGAAAAAAGCAAUACUUACGUCUUUUGGCUUCAACUAUUCUUGCACUGAACAAAUAGAAGAAAAUGAAAGGAAAAACUUCUCUCUUUUUUGAAAGAAAAUAAUGACAGGGAAUGGGGGGAAGGGUCAGGGAGAACAUUUGUGGUACUGUAUUAAGGUUGGGUUGAUACAGCUCUGCUGUUAUGCAAAACUGACAGCUAGCGGUAGUUGUAGCACAGCAGGGAAUGGCUUUUCGAAGAAGGAACCAGAGCUGCCCUAUUAACAAUAUUUUUAUGGAUUUGUGAAGAUGAUGAUUACCUCUUUCUUGAAACAAACAAACAAACACUCUUGGCACCCCUUCCAACUCAAAUACACUCUUUAUGCAUAGGUAGAAGAAUAAUGAUGAAAGCAUUGUCAUUCAUUUUUUUCAUUCAUAUGAAAGGAACUAAUACCUCUCUGAUUUUUUUCCUUCUCCCCUACUGAAACAUACCUUAAGAGAAAACUGUGAACUUUUUGCUUUACUGUCUCAGUGGUAGGAGCUAAGAAUAGUUUUCAAUCAUUAGAAACAAUUAAUUUACCCCCUGGGGAUUUUGUUCACAGACUUCAAAUUGCUUUCAUGUUACUUCUUGCAGAGUGGGGUAAAGAAACAAUAGGAAUAUUUUAUGAAUCAGCUUGGGGUUGUUCAAAUAAUUCUGCAGAAGUAAGUGGAAGUAGAAUUGUGAGAGGUCUUUGUCUUGGAAAGUCUUUUAAACAUUCUGCUUUUACUUCCUUUCUGUUCUUCCCUUGCACCCAACAAAAGCCGAAGUGUUUGUCCGUGGGGCCUGGUAUACCUUACUGCUAUACUUAUUUAUUGCCGCUGCUAAUGAGGUUUUAUGCAUUUCACUAUCAGGGUCCAAGCUGAACUGACUCAUUGGGAAAUGUGCAAUAGUUAUGACAAUUAUACUGACAGUUGAAAGGAACAGCAUAGCACAAAGUGAUAUUCUUUAGAAGUCAUUUUUUGAACAAACUCCAGUGAGACAAAUAGCACAAUUUCUGGGUUUUGUUAUUUUGCAUUCUGAUUAGCCAAUAGGGUUAUUUUUUUAUUGUAGGAAAUUUUAUAUGUGGUUUUAAUACUCUGUGUGUGUUGUGCAUGUGCAUAUAGGAUUUGAAAGACAAUAGACACUACUAGUUAGGUUUCAAAAUAAGCUUUUUAAAAGAAGAUUUCCUGGCAUUUGCUCCUUCUGGCCAGAACUGGUUUCUUUUCAUAUUAAUGGAAGCCAUGUUUGCGUAUUACAGGGAGAGGAGAGUAUGGUGUCUCCUCCUAGUCAGCUGGCUGAAGAGAUGAGAUUACAUGCAAGAAGCAGGUGAACAAGUAGUGAGUCAGCUUGGCCCAAAAUUACUGUUCAGAUGUUUUUGAAACAGCUUCAUUCUAUCUAACACUUCAAGGACCCAUUUCUCAAAAUGUAACCCGGGUGCCUUCAGGUUACUACUGCUUUGUGCAACCUGCAGUAUUAUAUAUGUAAAAAACAAAACAAAACUAUUUUUUUAAACAAAUAAGCCAAAGACUGGUGGGUAGGAGGGGAGAGGGUGGGGAGGGAGCUAACUUUAUACGGCUCUUCUGUGGCUCUUCAACUUCUUUGUCUCUUUACAGUAUCUGUGUUGAUGUGUCUUCUGCUUUCUGCUAUUGCUGUGUGUUCUAAGAUCUUCAAGGUGAAGGGAAAGUGCUCUGUCCAACCAUACCUCUGACUGGGGACUCCUCAGCCCAGAGAGGGAACACCACUCUCAUGCUAACUCACAAAAUGGCUUGGUGUGUGGUUUGUGGUGGUGACAAAUAAAGCAAGAGCCUCCCAAAGCAGCAACUGUUGCCUUCGUUUUCAUAAAAAGUAGCACAUGUUCUUUAAAGAACAACCUAUUUUUCUUUUCUCUUUUUUUUUUCCCCCUUUGGCCAUAGAUCAAGAAGCCACAAUAACAAUAUUUUUGCCCUAAGCAACGAUAAGCACUUUACUGUACUGCCCCAACACACACACUUUUGCUAUAGAAAAUGCUAUGAAACUGUUCUGAAGUAGGAAAGGUCAUUUUCAACAUUUCAGGGUUUGUGUCUCCUUUUUUUUUUCUUGUAGUGCUCUUGACAGUACUGUUUUGCAGACUGCAAUGCAAUAGAUUAUUUAAAGACACUAUGUGAUUGGUUUAAUUAAAAUGUAUAGUUUUUAUUUUUUAUCAUGACUGAAGAUCAUGUUAUUUCUUAUGUUAAAAUGAGAGAUGUACAUCAAAAUGAUUAGUUGUGUUUUAUUUAAUAUUUAAAUAAAAAGUUUUAAAGUA